AUGAGCCUGCCGCGGGGCGCGUGGGCCGAGGACGCGCGGGAGCGCGGGGCGCCAGAGCCGGCGUCGGUGCCGGAGCCCGGCGGGUGCGGGUUCGGCGCGGGCUGGCUGGGCGUGUGCUGCGCCGCGCGCCUGCCCGCCGCCUCGCCGCGCUACCUGAUGCCCUCCGCCGAGGAGGAGGAGGAGGACGCGGCCGAGCUGGUGGGCGGCGCGGCGCGGGGCGGCGGGAGCAGCCCCGGCGUGGCGCGCGGGGCAGCGGCGGCAGUGGGUGGCGGGCGGCCGCGGGGCGGCGGCGGCCCCGGUCUGCGGGCGCAGGUGAGCGGCGUGCAGAAGCAGCGGCGGCUGGCGGCCAACGCGCGGGAGCGGCGGCGGAUGCACGGGCUGAACCACGCCUUCGACCAGCUGCGCAAUGUCAUCCCCUCCUUCAACAACGACAAGAAGCUCUCCAAGUACGAGACGCUGCAGAUGGCGCAGAUCUACAUCAGCGCCCUAGCCGAGCUGCUGCACAGCCCCGCAGGCACCCCUGACACCCCCGGCAAACCCGAGCACCGCGGGGCUCCCUUCGAGCCGCCCUGCGCUGCCGGGGCCGGGCCGCCGCCGGCACAGCCGCCGGGGCCCCCCAGAGCCUCGCCUCCCGGUCACGGCAGGACUCGCUUUCCCCCUCCGCCGUCAGCGGGUGGGUACUCGGUGCAGCUCGACCCGCUGCACUUCCCCUCCUUUAGCGAGGGCGCCCUGCUGGGACAGAGAGCCCCUUCCCCCGCCCUCCUCAUGCCUCAACCCGGGCAGCCGCCGCAGGAGAGGAGCAAAACGUCGCCCCGGUCCCACAGGAGCGACGGGGAGUUCUCCCCCCGCUCCCACUACAGCGACUCGGACGAGGCCAGCUAGGGCCGGGGCGCCGACCCCAGCACCUCCCGGGCGCCCCUCUGGGCACGGACUCCGCCGCGCGGUGGAGCGGCCAUCCAGGAGGCAUCGGCUGCCUUCGGGCACUGUGAGAUGCUCCCGGCUUCUCCCUCCCCCGGCGACUCCUGGGUUUGUCCGUCCAGGGAAGUGGCUGUUAGCGAGUGACUGUGCCCGCCCUGUCUGUCAGGGUUGGUUGAUUUUCUCGUUUUGUUUUCCUUUCUCGUUUCAAGUUUUAGUUACCGCUUUUAAAGUUUCUUUUGCCUAGAAGUCGUUGCCGUUCCCUCCUGCCAACACGCCACCUUGCAGCGCGGAGCUUGGCUUGCACCGCCGGCGAGCAGGUGAUGCUCAAGGAGAAUUUAAUCUGGCCCCUCUGCCGCUGCCCGGCGGACGGCGAUGUCGCCGUCCCCCUCCCUUCAGGGCAGCGGUCCUGCCCUGAGUCGUAUCGCUGUGGAAGCACAUGCACACACACACACAAAUAGCGCACCGUCGUGUCCUGAAAAUAGCGGAGAAAAGAUGGAAAUUCCUUAGCGCACCACGUCGGCGUCUUUUGGGGGGAAACUCCGCGCAAGCACUUUAUCAGCGGCUGGAGGUGCGGUUUCAAGAGGACUGAAUGACUGAAUGCCAAUCCGAGACCGAUAUUUAAUUAAGCCACUUAAUCCCAACCCUCUCUUAAAAACGAAAACAGUUUUGUCGUGUCAAACUUUUAUGUCCGUUUUACUUUGCUUUUGUGAUAAAUAGGAAACGUAUUUAUUAUGGAGUGUUCGCUACUAUUUCUGCUUCCCCUUAAAAAAAAAAAAAAAAUCCCCACCUUUUCUACGACAAGAAUCGUUUAUUUUCAUUUUAGCAAA